CACCCGGAGUGGAGCGGAGCGAAGGCUGCCACCCUCUCGGGCCACCUCAGCGGCGGCUGCUGGGGCUCGCAGACCAGCGCGGCCAUGCGGGCAGCGGCGGGGGUCGCGCGGGCGGCGGCGCUGGCGCUGCUGGGGGCGCUGCUCUGCGUCCCGGUGCGCGGCGAGGAGUACGAGUACUACGGCUGGCAGGCCGAGCCGCUGCACGGCCGCUUCUACUCCAAGCCGCCCCAGUGCCUUGACAUCCCCGCCGACCUGCCGCUCUGCCACACAGUGGGGUACAAGCGCAUGCGGCUGCCCAACCUGCUGGAGCACGAGAGCCUGGCCGAGGUGAAGCAGCAGGCGAGCAGCUGGCUGCCGCUGCUGGCCAAGCGCUGCCACUCGGACACGCAGGUCUUCCUCUGCUCGCUCUUCGCGCCCGUCUGCCUCGACCGGCCCAUCUACCCGUGCCGCUCGCUGUGCGAGGCCGUGCGCGCCGGCUGCGCGCCGCUCAUGGAGGCCUACGGCUUCCCCUGGCCCGAGAUGCUGCACUGCCACAAGUUCCCCCUGGACAACGACCUCUGCAUCGCCGUGCAGUUCGGGCACUUGCCCGCCACCGCGCCUCCAGUGACCAAGAUCUGCACCCAAUGUGAGAUGGAGCACAGCGCCGAUGGCCUCAUGGAGCAGAUGUGCUCCAGUGACUUUGUGGUCAAAAUGCGCAUUAAGGAGAUCAAGAUAGAGAAUGGAGACCGGAAGUUGAUAGGAGCCCAGAAGAAGAAGAAGCUACUCAAGCCAGGCCCCUUGAAGCGCAAGGACGCCAAGAGGCUGGUUCUGCACAUGAAGAACGGCGCAGGCUGCCCCUGCCCACAGCUGGACAGCCUGGCAGGCAGCUUCCUGGUCAUGGGCCGCAAAGUGGACGGACAGCUACUGCUCAUGGCCGUCUACCGCUGGGACAAGAAGAAUAAGGAGAUGAAGUUUGCUGUCAAAUUCAUGUUCUCCUACCCCUGCUCCCUCUACUACCCCUUCUUCUACGGGGCCGCAGAGCCCCACUGAAGGGCACUCCUCCCUGCCCCCGCCAGCCAGCUGUGCCUUGCCCUCUGUCCCUGCCCAUCCGGCCUUGUGCCCACUCCCAGGCUGACCCAGGUGCUGGCAGAGGGUAGUCUCCUACAGAGUUGAGAGGGGCCCAGCCCCACAGAUGGGCCCAGGGCCUAGGGCCAGUCCUUCGAGACAGCUCUGGGUCUUCAGCUUUCUUUUAGAAGACAGACUUUCUCUUCUGGGGUUUCCUCUUCUCAGGAAGAGGCCAGAGGGAGGGCAGAGCAAGGGAAGGGUGGAGGGCAGCCUGAGGAGGGAGCCCCCCACAUGCAGUGCCUUAGGGCCAUGUCUCCACAUUGGGCCAGGCCACUUGGGGAGUUCUCCCCGCUGCCCCUCUAUGUCCCUUCACAGCCCUCCAAAGCCGAGGAGGGAGGGUCCCCAUGCCUCUCUCCCAGGCCACUACCCCAGGCCUCAGCCAGCCCCCAGCCAGGUCCGCUCCUUGGGCUCCUUGCCUCGUCUCUGCAUCUCCCUUUUCCCCGAUAAUGCUAAGUUAUUACUACUGCAGUGAAGCCAUGGGUUCUAGAUGACAGAUUCAAGCAGGGUUGGAUUUAA